AUGGCACGGCUCAAGGUGCAAGUCAAGAGAAGCGCAAGACGACGCCGCAGAAUCGCUCAAAUGAGGACUAUCGCCAAUGGAAUCGAUGCCAGCCCAGACUUUGGUACACUUGACCAAUUUUCUGAUGCUUUCCAGGAUUAUCGCCUAUCGGUCUCGCCGCCAUCAGAACCAAUGACCCUACCAAGACUAACGCCGACCGAGGAUGGGGCAGCCUUCGUCUCAGUGUAUAUGGACUACGUUUUCCCCAUUCUUUAUCCCUUUUACCGCCCAUACAUCACUCAAGGCGGACGCACCUGGACACUAUCCUUGGCGAUGAAGAAUACCGGGUUCAUGAGCAGUAUCAAGAGCAUCUCUGCACUCAUCCUGCGACUUAUCCCUGCCCAUGUUGGCCCGGGACAGCAAGCUUGUACCUCAAAAACGUGGGGCGAAAUUCAUUCGCAGGCCAGCGUCGCCCUGGCAAGUAUGCAACGCGACUUACAACACCUUCACGAAUGCGGCAUCGAGAACUGUCUUUCAAGCAGUGUGCACUUGCUGGCAAAUAUGAUGCAGCAACUUAGUUUUGAACUUGCAAUUAUGCCGUCAGGAAACUGGCAGGCGCAUUUAGAUGCGGCCACCAAUCUGUUUGAGCAAAUUCUCAAGCAUCAUGGUAAGGCUGGCCCGUCUUCGCAAGUAUCCGCCGUACUCAGUAACUUGUCUCAUCCUUCUUGGCCCGGUGCGGUUGAGGCUUUAAAUACCGAACAAGGGGCAUUUCGCUUCUUUUCUAGUCUCUUAGUGGUUGCCGAUAUCAUCUCUAGCACGGUGCUUGACCAACCUGCCAAGCUACUUGAGUAUCAUUCUGAGCUCCAGGGCAGCGACUCGCGCCAGAAGCUUAAUGCUGACCUUGAAGAGGUAAUCGGAUGUCAGAACUGGGUUCUACUGGCUAUAAGCGACAUUUCAUCGCUUUCGCGAUGGAAAAAAGAUCAGGCGAUAAGUGGCAAGCUGUCAAAGGAUGAGCUGAUUUAUCGAGCGACUUCACUCGACAGAAUUCUCAACAAUGGUUUUGAUAAGCUAGGGCAAUAUGACAAUACAGACCACAUAUCCCAACAUAUCCAGCCCCUAGAGUCGCUUCUCAAUCAAUCUCGAUCUCCACAUGGUUAUUCUAGUUCUUCACCAGAAGCCAAGUUGCCGCUGACGCGAAUCUGGAUUCAUGCAGCCCGCACGUAUCUUCUUUCUGUUAAGCUAGUCAACAGCACGGAGACCUCCGAGCUUGAGAUAAGCGUGGAGCAGACAAUCCAGUCUUUUGGCGCUAUCACUUCGUCUCCGUGGCUGCGGUGGCUUGCCUGGCCGCUUUGUGUAGCCGGCAUCUAUGCCAGCAAACAGCAAAGGUCAGCCAUUUCUGAAAUCAUGGCCUUGCUAAGUGGUUUCAACGGCUUUGGUACUAUACAGGCAGCAUUCGGCAUUGUAGAAAAGACAUGGCAGAAGCGAGAUGCAGGCGAAGCAUGUCUAGAUCUGUCCGCAUGUCUUGGUAGCUUGGGAUAUAAGGCCCUAUUACUAUAG